AUGCGCUCGACACUUCUCCUAACAUCAUUUGCAGUCGUCUCGGCGCUGCAAUCCCUCCCGCCGGUCCAAUGGGCCCCAACCGGCCCUGAGGACUUCAACAUCGCUGCCGUGGAGCGGACUAUCUAUAUCCGUGACCAGUUUGCGUCGCAUCGGGACCAAGGUGGACUGACGCUGAUUCCACCGUCGGCCUUGGAAUUCGCCCAGACAUUCAGUCAGGACCUGAAGGAAGUCACCGGCUCCUCAUGGGACGUGCAGACGGUGGAUGUCUUUCCCCCCGAUCGGACGGGUAUCUUCCUGGACCAAGUGGAAGAGAUCUACCGACAUGAAUUCAUCUAUGAGAAUGGCAAGCCGACAGAGGAAGGCUACGAGCUGGACGUGCAGUCCGACCGAGUCCUCAUCCGUGGAUCUGGUGCACGGGGGAUGUGGUGGGGAUCGCGAACUUUGCUGCAACAAUUGCUCCUCGCUGACAAGAAACCAAUCCCCUCAGGUCGAGUCGUGGAUGCGCCGUCGUUUUCCACACGGGGAUUCCUCCUCGACGCCGGCCGGAAAUGGUACUCGCCCUCGUAUCUCAAGGACCUGUGCACCUACGCCUCGUUCUUCAAGAUGUCCGAGUUCCACUACCACACCAGCGACAACGUGCCGCUCAGUCGCGGCCACAACGAGACCUGGAACGAGAUGUACGCGCAGUUUGCCCUACUCCCGGAGAGCCCCGAGUUGCAGGGGAUCGUGCAGCGACGUAACGAGACACUCACGCGGGCGGACUUCGAAGAUCUGCAGCACCACUGCGCUCAGCGGGGUGUCACCGUCAUCCCGGAGAUCGAGUCUCCCGGCCACUGUCUGUUCGUGACGAAAUGGAAACCCGAGCUGGCGCUGGAACAGAAGGACCUGUUGAACCUAUCCCAUCCGGAUACCAUCCCUCUGGUGAAGUCCAUCUGGGCGGAAUUUCUCCCAUGGUUCCAGACCAAGGAGGUGAACGUCGGCGCGGACGAGUACGACCCCACCCUGGCAGACGUAUACAUCGACUUCGUCAACGAGUUGGCUCGCUUCGUGGACGAGACAUCCGGCAAGAAGGUGCGGAUCUGGGGCACGUACGAGCCGUCCGAGAACCGGACCAUCUCGAAGGACAUCAUCAUCCAGCACUGGCAGUACGGACAAUCCGAUCCCGUCGCCCUGGCUAACGAAGGCUACGAGACGAUCAACUCGGAGGACUGGUGGGCGUACAUGUCUCUGAAGAACGAUCACACGCCUAUUUUCCCCGCAGCGUAUCCUCAGUUCUUCAACAACACCCGACUGUUGAAUUUUGCUGGCAUCCAGGGCUGGCAAUGGGACCCCUCACUCUUCAACCCGUUCAACGCCAGCGAACAGCCCAACUUGCACAUCGUGAAGGGGUCCAUUCUCGCCGCGUGGAACGACAACGGACCGGACGCAACCACCCAGCUAGAAUCCUACUACGCCUUCCGCAACGGCAUUCCCACCGUUGCGUCGCGCGCAUGGUCAGGCCACCGCGGUCCUCAACUCGACGUGUCCAGCCUAUCGACCUCAGUGGGUCUCUUAACCGGCCGUGCGGUGGCUCAGAACCUGGACCGACAACUCCCCACCAAUGACACCAACCCGGAUAGUCCUCUCUUCGACUGGACGGCAUUCCCGUCUGACAAGCGGGACGACAAAACCCGCCUCGGAAAGGGCAGCAAAGGAAUGAACUACACUCUUGACCUUGACAUCACCGGACCCUUCCAUCUCUACUCUCCCGACGUCACCCUUGAACUCUCCCCCGAUGGAGCCCUCACCUUCGUCUCUGACGGAUGGAGAUACCCGCUCCGCUCGAUCGAGGAAACCGACGGCUUCGACGAGGGAUAUCCGGGACGUAUCUGGGUGAAUCAGACGGCAUCGACGCACGAGGAGGUCCAGGUACCACUGUCCGGGCGGAUCACGAUCAAAACGGAUGUCAUCGGUGGGAGUCGGGUGUGGGUGGAUGGGAAGUUUCAGGGACGGUUUGAGGUGUUUGUGUUUGGGGGGAAGAAUAAGUUGUUCUCGUGGAGUCAGAUGGCGUUUGUGGCGCCGCUGGAGUGGGUGAAGGGGGGGGUUAAGAGGUUGACGGUCAGAGCGUUUAAUGGACAGCAUUAG